GCUCGCCCCUCGCGGGUGUGUCGCUGGAGCGCAGGCCGCCCGGACGCGCGGGGCUGGCUGCAGCCGGGGCCGCGGAGCGCACCUGCUCCCCGCUGUUCCCGCAGCCGGAGGCGGCCGGGCGGCGGCGGGCGGCGCGAUGCGGCUGGGCGGCGGGGCCUUCGCCGCGGGCUGCGUGGUGAUCGAGGUGCUGGGAGUCGCGCUCUUCCUGCGGGGCUUCUUCCCGCCUCCCGUGCGCUCCUCCUCCAAGCCCGAGCCCCCGGCGGCGCCCGAGCCCUCGGCAGGGGCCAGUUCCAAUUGGACCAAGCUCCCCGCACCUCUCUUCGGGAAAGUUGUUAUUAUGCUGAUCGAUGCCUUGAGAGAUGAUUUUGUGUUUGGGUCAAAGGGUGUGAAAUUUAUGCCCUACACAACUUACCUUGUGGAAAAAGGAGCAUCUCACAGUUUUGUGGCUGAAGCAAAGCCACCUACAGUUACUAUGCCUCGAAUCAAGGUAAACAGUUUAACACCGUGUUUCAUAACUCACUAGGCGCCAGGUGCACGAAAUUCUCACAAGGGGCACAGCCCUCGCAGCCCCCGCUUCGUCCUAAUGAGCGCAUGAGCCCUUUAUUAGAUAGGAUGGUUUGGCUCUAAGAGGUUCAGAGGGCUCUCUAUAGUCUGUUACUUGUCCACAUUUGAAAUGCAUUUGGUGCCCUCAGCCUGGCUGGGGCAGUAGACGGACAAAGAAGCCUGGCAUAAGGUAGAACUGAGACCACGGUUUGUACCCCUUUUCAAGUAGCCAGAGUUCAUGCUUGCUGGGAGGCAUAAAGGAUUGAAAGCCAGUUAUUCCAGGCUAGCCUAGUCUCAGGGGUGCCAUCCUCCUUGCUACCCUGUUAUUUUCUGUAAUGGCCAUUAGGUCAGUUAUACUCCUGGAAAGCCUCUAGGGUUAUCUCGUCCAGUCUCUUGACUUUAUGGAUGAGAAGGGAAACUCAGACUUGCCCAGCACUGAAGCAUACAGUGACUGACCCAGCAGGGUCUGGCCUCCACAGUUCUCGCUGUGUAAACUGCCUGCAGGUGCUCAGCUAGUGAGUGUGGCUUUCAAGUGCCUAGUGCCUCACCCAGGAACUAUGGGUAAAGAAAAGACUGAAGCUUUAUUAGGGACCGUUUCCAAAGGAGGGAACAGGCUUGAAGUACCCAAGUCACGCAACUGGAAUGGGGACUGGAGCACAAGGCUGCCUGGCUCCAAUGACUGGCCGUCAUGGGGCAGCACACGGCAGCACUGCUGAGCAGGGUGACUGAGGCAGGUCCUUCCCUCAGAAGGCAAGAACCCCCAUUCCCAAGGCCAUGGCAGCCACGGGAACCUCCAAGGAGCUGACAGACUUGAGUUCUCACUUCACACUCCCUACAGCCCCCAACUGCAACUCGGUCGCUACCUGCAUGCUCCCUGGGGUGCCAGCCCAGAGGGUAAGAGGAGUUCCACAGGGCAAGAAAUUGAAAUGUCCAUUAAACAUGUGAAAAGACUCUUUUUACUUUACUAGUAAUCAUAGCAACUCAAAACCAUCUGCAAGGCCAAGUUUUGUCUAUCACGUUGUAAAAACUUAAAGAUGGAUGGUAACCUACUCUUCAUGACAAA